AUGGCGGAGGCGGCGGCGGCGGAGGGCGUGGCGGAGCAGGACGACGGCGACGGAGACGUCCUCAUCGAGGAGGUGGAGCGCGGCGACCCCGUUGGCGCGGCUGCCAAAGCGGAGGCCGAGGACGCCGACCCCGGCGGCGACGGCGCCGACGGCGACCCAGAGAUUCCCGCGAGCGGCAAGGACCAGACCGACGAGGAGAUCGACCGGAUCGAGAAAGAGAAGAAGGGCAUGAGCGCUGACGAGAAACUGGACCGCUCGUUUGUCUGGAAGGCGUUCAACGCGGAGGACGAGUGGCUCGAGCCCGCGGUCACGAAGGGCCAGGAGCGCAAGGCGUCGGAGUGGCACUACAGCGCCUACCCGACGUGCGCGAAGCUCGGGCCCAGGUAUUACCCCAACCUGAAGCACACGGAGCAGCACCAGAAGGCGGCGAAGGACAUCUGCGAGUCCAGCUUCACGAACCUGGCGUUGGUGCAGGUGAUCAACACCCAGUGGCAGGAUCAAGCGAGCUUGUGGGAGAACCCCCCCGCGCCCAGCAAGUCUCGAGCAAUGGCGGCGCGCACGGUGGCGCCAAAUAUGCUCGAGCAGGAUGGUAAGGGCGUGGGCAAGGGCAACGUCCCUGGGGCGGCCGCGGUGGACAUUGAGGGCCCCGAAGCCGAGCUCAAAGAACAUGCAUCUGGGGUGGAGACGUUCCUGGCGAGCGCGGGAUGGGCCAAGCUGCACCAGUUCAUCGAGGCCGUGGCAACGCAGGUGGGCGUGCCCUUGCCCCGCGAUGCCCCCUUGCCGUUCCUGCCGGCGAUGAGGCCCCUCGCGGGGCUGGAGAAGCUCAGCGCAGUAGCGGCGUCGAGCGCGCCGCGGAGUUGUCCGAUCUCCCUGAGUCUGAGCAGAGGCGGCGCGCAGAGCGGCGAGCGCGCGAUUGAGACCUUCAGUUGCAGCGGGUGCAAGCACGCGGGGAAGAAACAGUCGAAGGCGCAUCGCGCGCUUGUCGCGCUGGUCCGGGAGUUUGGGCGCGUGGCUGGCGCGGUUGACGCCGCGCGGUCGUGGGCGCAAGUGAGAGGCGACGGCCUCCAUCGCAUCGGCAUUAAGAUCCGCGCGUUUGUUGCCUUCGAUUGUUGCGUCGCCCGCUUGCCGCCACUUGUGAAGCUCGCGUCGUGCAGCGACGAUCUUGAGGUGCCGAUCUCGGGCGCGGAUCUACCCCGCGCUGCGCGGCUUGCCGUCUCUGCCAUCAACGAGAUCUACGUUGUGAGCAGCGUGAUGACUGCGCGCGCUUGUGAAGCGGGUUAUUGGAGGCCCAGCCGCGGCCCACUGUCGCGCGCCGCGUCGUCAGUUAGGCGCGCGGUGCGGAGGGUGGUCUCUUGGGCCCAGCGGCUGGAUCACUGGGGCAAUGUUGUCGACGUCGCGCAGACCCCCCCCCGUGUCCUAAUUGACUUCCGCAGCGAGGGCCUUCGGCGCGAGGCGGAGCUUCGUUUCGCUGAGAAGCUCGGCCAUCCUGCGGGCGCGCGCGCCGCGUUCGAUCUCGUGCGCAAUAGCAUGCGCAUGCGCGCCUGGCGCCGGACUGGGCAGGGGCAUUGCCCGCUGAUUUCGCGCGCGCGUGCGAUGCGGUCUGGGCGGAGGCGCGCCCGCGUGAUGCUGGAAAUUUUAUUGAAGGGCUCCGUAAGUGGCGUGGAUCUCGCAGCGCCCUGCGUCGCGCGCUGCAUCUCCGCGCCAGUCCCGAGGACAGGUUGCAGGCCGCCCGACUCGCUGGCCCUCGACUGCAAGGCCGUCAAUUGUCAGACCCAUGGGCCAGAGGUCUUCAAGAGCAGGUUCCGCGAGACCUUUGGCGUGGAUCCGCCUGGCCAAGGCUUCGCAGCCUGGUGGUUCUCCCUGCUCGCGGACCCCGACGUCGCCGCAGGCGCCUCGGCUCCCGAAGGCCUCGUCGAGGAGGGCCUCGUCGCCGCGGAGGCGCUCGGCGGCCCAGCGGAGCUGCUCCCUGGCUACGACGUGUCGGCGGGCUCGGGGGCGCCAGCGCGGCGGGCGUGCCGGCAGCUGCUCUCCCAGGUCUGGACCCGCGGGGUGGCGGCGGGGCACCGGCCCGCGGACGAGUUCCGCGCCAGCCUGGCGGCAGGCGCUCGGCACUUCGGCAUGGAAGCGCGGGCCCGUGCCGCGUGGGCCGCGGCGGAGCCGGGCGUUUACGCGCCGGCCGCCGCUGAGGUGAGGCGGCUGGUGGAGUCGCUGGUCCACAGGGGGAGGCCCAGAUUCCGCAGUUCCUGCUGGACAUGCGGGUCGAGCUCCAGCUGCGCGAGGCCGCCUUCCCCGCGGACGUGCUCGCCGCCGCGGCGGGCCUCGCGCCCGCCGGCGAGGCCGAGGUCUUCGUGGCCGCCCGCAGAGUGCAGGCCCGCGGCCGGGGCCCCUGCGUGCGCCUGGAGGUGCCCGGCGUGGCCCGGGGCUCCGCCAGCCGGCCCCGGGAGCUCCGGGAGGAGCAUUACGAGCGCCGGGCAGCGCCAGGGGAGGAUCCCCUGA